GGGCAGGGGGCGGGGUUUUUCUUAAAGGGGCCGCGUCGCCGUGCGGAAGGGUCAGAGGUCAACCCCCAGUGGCCUUCCCUGAGCGACUCCCCCGGGAUUGGGGGCGGGUUCGUGCGACGCCAGCGCGGCCUGGGGCGUUACCAUGGCGCCCACCGCAACAGGGAGUGACAUCAUCAGGGUCACAGUGCUUACCCCGAAUCCUUGGAUCGGGACCCGGUGGAGAGAGAGAGAACGUUCGAGAUGGGAGUUACCCCUCCGCUCACGUAAGUGUAUCCAACAGACAGCGUGCACUGUUAUGCCAAUAGCCUAUUGAUGAGAGGAACUGCUCUGACCGUAUUUCUCACCUAUAACAGCCUAGGGAAUGACCUGCUGGGUGGCACGGAGGUGGAAAGGGAUCUUGGAGUCCUAGUGGACUCCAAGAUGAACAUGAGCCGGCAGUGUGACGAAGCCAUCAGAAAAGCCAAUGGCACUUUAUCGUGCAUCAGCAGAUGCAUGACGAAUAGGUCCAAGGAGGUGAUACUUCUCCUCUAUCGGGCGCUGGUCAGACCGCAGUUGGAGUACUGCGUGCAAUUCUGGGCGCCACACUUCAAGAGGGAUGCGGAUAACCUGGAGAGGGUCCAGAGAAGGGCCACUCGUAUGGUCAAGGGCCUGCAGACCAAGCCCUAUGAGGAGAGACUGGGGCACCUGGACCUUUUCAGCCUCUGCCAGAGAAGGUUGAGAGGUGACCUUGUGGCUGCCUAUAAGUUCAUCACGGGGGCACAGAAGGGAAUUGGUGAGGUUUUAUUCACCAAGGCGCCCCCGGGGGUUACAAGAAACAAUGGCCACAAGCUAGCAGAGACCAGAUUUAGACUGGACAUAAGGAAGAACUUCUUCACAGUUCGAGUGGCCAAGGUCUGGAACGGGCUCCCAAGGGAGGUGGUGCUCUCCCCUACCCUGGGGGUCUUCAAGAGGAGGUUGGAUAGGCAUCUAGCUGGGGUCAUCUAGACCCAGCACUUUCCUGUUUAUGCAGGGGGUCGGACUCGAUGAUCUAUUGAGGUCCCUUCCGACCCUAACAUCUAUGAAUCUAUGAAACGCAAACAUGCGUUUCCAGCAGUUACCCCAAACCCUUGGGUGAGCAACUGGUGGGUGGGGGAGAAAGAACUUGAGAGACCGGCAUUUCUGCUCCACUCCAGAAGGCAUAUUCCGCAGACAGCGCACACUCUUACACAAGAAAUGCCCUAAUUACCCUCAUUUCCCUAUUGCAGGAAAGUCCUGAACUCCUUGAUGCUCCCUCCAUCUCUCUUCCCACAUCCUCUGCAGCCGGAAGCCACUCAAGCUGAAUCCCAAGGAUCAGCAUGUGCGAAGGCGGAUAAUGAGGGGGUUUCAAGGGAGUGGAGAUGCACAGGCCAGGGGUCACACCCAGGGCUAAUAAGGCCACUCCAGGGAAUAAUAAUGGGCAUGGGUCAUGACUCAGUUUCCCUGUUUCAUUGGUCAAGAGAUGGCUGUCUCAGAGAUGUGGGUGGAAAUACAGACGUGGGAAUGUGACCUGUAUAAAACUCCUCCGCACCAAGGCGGGGGUUGCGGGAGUGAGGUGGGUCUAGAAGUUGCCUCAAACUACAGGGAUGGAUUCAGCCCCCCCCACAAGACCUCGCCGCCUGGCAGCGAGCACAUCGGUGCGUUCUCUGCUGGAUGCAGCUGCCCUGGGUGACACUGCCGGAUUGGUAAUAUCGCAGUAAACUAGCGUCUGAUUUGGAGGAACUUA